UAAUCCAGCGAAAUGCACUCGAUUUAAAUUCAAAUAUACGACGUGACUGUUGUAUCUUUGACUCUUUCAAUGUUUAUAUUGUUGGAUUAGUUUUAUACCUGUGUUCUGAUUUUGUAAAACGUUUGUGAUGAGGAUGUUAUUUUGAAGCGAUCUGUUCAUGGUAUAAAUUAGAUAAUUGAUGCAGUAGCAAUUAAGAGCAGUGACAGAAAACUGUCAGUGAUGACCUAACGGUAGAAGAUAUCCCGUACAUAACACCAACUAUCAUCCAUCACCAUGUUGCGGACGCUGAAUGAAGAUCAAGCGUCUAGCGACGGCGAUUCGGACGCCUGCGAUGACCUUGACCGUCGGCCGCCGCCGCAGGACCCCUGCUACCGGUGCAAGAAGCGGGUUUAUCCGGUAGAGAGAAUUGACGUCGGUGUCCAGUUUCACAGGCGCUGCUUCCGAUGUCGCGUCUGUGGCCUCCAGCUGACGCUGCGCACGUUCCACUUCGACCAGGAAAACGACCCAGAUGUGUACUGCAAGAACCACGUGCCGAAGUUCGUAGGGACCAUCGACGACCAGGCGCUCGGGGUGCGGAUGGCGCUGAACGCCCCAAAGGCCAACCAUCUUGAGAAGGAAACUCAGUAUGAGAGUGCUUGA